GAUGCGCCUCUUCCUCCUCCUGCUCCGUUACCGGGGCAACGCGCAGAGAGCGUCGGCUGCUGUGUAGCAGAAUGGAGAGGAAGAUGGAGGAGAGCACGGUUAGAGACGGCGACACUGGAAGUGAAGCCGGAGGAGAGGAUGCGUUGGUGGGGAAUGUGAACAAACUGACGGUGAGCCCACCAGGAUACUCAGGAGCUCUACGAAAAGGACACCUGGUUUUUGACGCUUGCUUUGAGAGCGGAAACCUCGGCCGUGUUGACUACAUCAGUGAAUUCGAGUUUGACCUCUUCAUCCGGCCUGACACCUGCAACCCGCGCUUCAGAGUCUGGUUCAACUUCACAGUGGAGAAUGUCCGUGAGACACAGAGAGUCAUUUUCAAUGUGGUCAACUUCUCCAAGACCAAGAGCCUGUACAGAGAUGGCAUGUCUCCUGUGGUGAAGUCCACCAGUAGACCUAAAUGGCAGAGGCUCCCCGCCAAAAACGUGUACUACUACCGCUGCCCCGACCACCGGCGCAACUACGUCAUGUCCUUCGCCUUCUGCUUCGACAGAGAGGACGAUGUUUACCAGUUUGCUUACUGCUACCCCUACACCUACUCCAGACUGCAGCACUACCUGGCCAGCCUGGAACGCAGGAACCUGCCCUACCUGCAGAGGGAGCAGCUGGGACUCAGUGUGCAACAGCGGCGUCUCGACCUGUUAACCAUCACCAACUCAGAAGCCCCAGGCCACCUGAGUCCAGAAAAGGAGAAGAAGCUGGUCUUUCUUACGUCUCGUGUUCACCCUGGAGAGUCUCCGGCCUCCUUCAUCUGUCAAGGUGUGAUUGACUUCCUGGUGAGCCAACAUCCUGUGGCUCAGAUCCUGAGAGACCACGUGAUCUUCAAGAUCGUCCCCAUGCUAAACCCUGAUGGGGUCUACCUGGGCAACUACAGGUGUUCUCUGAUGGGCUUCGACUUGAAUCGCCACUGGCAGGAUCCCUCUCCAUGGGCCCACCCCACGCUGCACGCUGUCAAACAACUCAUAGUGCAGAUGAGCCAAGACCCUAGGGUGAGUUUGGAGUUCUACAUUGAUGUCCAUGCCCACUCCACCAUGCUGAAUGGCUUCAUGUACGGCAACGUGUUCGAGGAUGAGGAGCGUGUCCAGAGACAGGCAGUCUUCCCCAGACUGCUGUGCCAAAAUGCACCAGACUUCUCUUUUUCCAACACGUCCUUCAACCGAGAUGUGGUGAAGGCCGGUACCGGUAGACGUUUCCUUGGUGGUCUCCUUGACGAUACGUCCUACUGCUACACUCUGGAGGUGUCCUUCUACAGCUACAUGCCCGCUGGCAGCAACGCGCCUGUGCCCUAUACUGAGGAGACAUACAUGAAGCUGGGCAGGAACGUGGCUCGUACCUUCCUUGAUUACUACAAACUCAGCAACCUUAUCAAGGACAACAGACCAACUCACAUACAAAGCUCCGAGGUGAAGUCCCCGACAGGCAACGGAAAGGGCAAUGGCGUCGGCAGAGACGCAGUGGACAGACAGAGAGAGAAGAGCCAGGGUGUCAGGCACUAGACAGACAGACGGACACAGACUGAGCGUGUAUCAAAUGCAGAGCACCGUGGAAGGAGAAUCCUUCACACUUCAUUGCCUUUAGAAGCUCCACAUUUCUCUGGCUUUGAAGACUUAUAUUCACAGAUUUGUAACAGUGGGGUUACUGGUAUUUGGAGGAAAUUAAAUCAGAGUGUCCUCCUGAGUUAUUUAGUGAGAAUGAAAUGUGGACUGUUGUAAACGAAGGGAAGACAGACUAUAGUUACCAUCUCUAUCAGACACGUUAUAAAGGAGGAGACAAAACACUUAAAGAAUUCUAAAUAGAAUAGAUCCUAAGGCUCAAGAUGGCGGUUUUAUGACACAUGUUCUGCCGCUCACAUAAAACAGCAAAUAAAACCUGGAAACGUAGCAAGCAAAUCCUGACAUGUUUCAUGACAGUUUCAACUGAUGAUUAUUAAGCAUGGAAGAACAAAAAGGCAGUGUGUGAUGCAUCAACUGUAUUUAUUUAAACAUCAGACACAAAAUCCCUCAUUUCUUGAAGUGCUCUGGUGGGAUGAGCUGACAGUGUUGUGUCACAGUACCUUGGAUUGAACCAGAAAAGAGGCUAGUGUCAUUUGACAGUUUUAGACUUAAAACAUGUGGGUUUUAUGUUCUGGUGACCAUUGAAAGUGCAGCUACAGCUCUUUCCCCGUUCAUUUUAUUCUAAAAUGAAUGUCCAGAAACGUUACCAAGGUGGCUGCCAAGUGAUGACACUCACCCAAAAGUACUUUGUUUUUAUUUAAUCUGAGGCCUUCAUUCAGCAGCUCAUUUUUUGUGUAUUUAUAUAUAUGUUUGUAAAUAGAUGCAUGCUUCUCUGUUGCUACUGACUUACUUUAUGAGUUGACCUGGAUGAUGUUAUUAUUGUUACACCUGGCAUUAAAAUGUGUUUUUGUUUAUCGCACUGCAA